AUGACGCGGUUGCGAACGUCCGAGUACGGUGAUUACGACGCCAUGGUGCGAACGCUGUUGGAGCAUAAGUUUUUGCCCGAAGAUGAGGUGGUGGCGCUGUGCGAUCGAGCGCGCGGGUUGCUGGCGGAGGAGUCGAACGUGCAGUUCGUCCGGGCGCCGGUCACGGUGGUGGGAGACAUACACGGACAGUUUCAUGACAUGAUGGAGAUGUUUAAGAUGGGUGGUCUGGCGCCGGAUACGAAUUAUCUGUUCUUGGGGGAUUACGUCGAUCGCGGGUACUACAGCGUGGAGACGGUGACGCUGGUGGUGGCGCUCAAGGUGAGGUACCCGGAUCGAGUGACCAUCAUCAGAGGGAAUCAUGAAUCGAGGCAGAUCACGCAGGUGUACGGGUUUUACGACGAGUGCAUGCGGAAGUACGGUCACGCGGGGAUUUGGAAGGCGUUUACCGAUCUUUUUGACUUCAUGCCUCUGAGCGCGGUGAUUGAGAAUAAGAUAUUCUGCCCGCACGGGGGGCUGUCACCCUCGAUCGAUACGCUUGAGGACGUGCGUAAAAUCGAUCGGUUCGCUGAGGUCCCUCACGAGGGGCCGGUGUGCGAUUUAGUGUGGAGCGAUCCAGACGAUCGCGCGGGUUGGGGAAUGAGUCCGCGCGGCGCCGGGUACACCUUUGGAGAAGACAUUACGCAGCAGUUCAACCACAACAACGGGUUGAAGCUCAUCGCCCGCGCGCAUCAACUGGUCAUGGAGGGUUACCUGUGGCAUCACGAUCAAUCGCUGGUAACCAUCUUCAGCGCACCGAAUUACUGUUACCGCUGCGGCAACCAGGCGAGCAUUAUGGAGGUGGACGACAACCUCGGGACGUCCUUCCUCCAAUUCGAUCCAGCGCCGCGCCGAGGCGAGGAGCAGCAGGCGGCGAAGCGAUGCCCCGAUUACUUCCUUUAG